AUGGCUUCGCAAUCAUCGAACCGCCAGCCUGACCUGGCCCUGGUUUCCGAGGAUGAUUUCCCCUACGAGCAAGACAUCCAGCGCAACCCCGGAAGCACGAAGCCAUGGUUGGCCUACAUCGAGUAUAAGCUUCAGCAUGGAACGGUACGGGAACAGGCUUUCGUUAUGGAGAGAGCAUGCGUCCAGCUGCCGCGGUCAUACAAGUUGUGGAAGAUGUAUCUCCGAUUCAGGACGCAGCAUGUUGCCAAGCUCAAUGCUGCCGUUUUCGCGGCCGAGUACCAAAAGGUCAAUGCCCUUUUUGAACGGGCCUUGAUCUUGCUCAACAAGAUGCCCCGGAUAUGGGAGAUGUACCUCAAGUUCCUGAUGCAGCAGCCCCUCGUGACCCACACGCGCCGCACCUUCGACCGGGCGCUUCGAGCGCUUCCCAUUACCCAGCACAACAGGAUAUGGGCGCUUUACCGGCCGUUCGCAAACUCGGCCGAGGGUAUGACGGCGGUCAAGAUUUGGCGGCGGUACAUGCAGGUUCACCCCGAGGAUGCCGAAGACUUUAUUGAGCUUCUGGUGCAGACUGGGUUAUACACGGAGGCGGUGCAGAAAUACAUUGAUAUCCUCAACAAUCCGCGCUUCCAAAGCAAAAAUUCCAAGGGGCACUACGAACUAUGGAGCGAGAUGGUUGACUUGCUAGUUGAGCAUGCCGCGAACAUUGACACGGGCCACGAGACGGGCAUCGAUGUGGAGCGCAUUAUCCGGAGCGGUAUUGAGCGAUUCAGCGACCAAAGAGGGAAGUUGUGGUGCGGCCUGGCAACCUACUGGAUCCGGAGAGGGAACUUUGAGCGGGCGAGAGACGUCUUUGAGGAGGGCAUCACAACAGUCAUGACCGUCCGAGACUUUACCCUUGUGUUUGACGCCUACACCGAGUUUGAAGAGUCAGUUAUUGGGGCAUUGAUGGAGGUGGCCUCGACAAGGGCCGAAAAGGGUGUGGUAGAUGAGGCGGCAGACUUCGACCUCGAUAUCCGCAUGAUGCGUUUUGAGCAUCUCAUGGACCGUCGUCCUUUCCUCCUGAACGACGUUUUACUCCGACAGAAUCCAAACAACGUCAAUGAAUGGGAGAAGCGGGUCGCGCUGUGGGGCGACAACAAGCAGGAGGUGGUACAGACGUAUACCGAUGCUAUCGCUGCGAUUCAGCCCAAGAAGGCGGUUGGCGCAUUCCACCAGCUAUGGGCCAACUACGCGAAAUUUUACGAGGCCGGCGGCGACUUGCGCACUGCACGAACCAUCAUGGAGAAGGCGGUCAAGGUGCCGUUCAAGUCUGUAGCAGAACUCGCGGACAUGUGGAUUGAAUGGGCCGAGAUGGAGCUACGGAACGAGAACUUUGAUGAGGCCGUCAAAAUCAUGGCAAAGGCCGUGCAGGCACCUAAGAGGUCGACGGUCGACUACUUUGAUGAGACGCUGUCGCCGCAACAACGGGUUCACAAGAGCUGGAAGCUCUGGAGCUUUUACGUUGAUCUCGUCGAGAGUGUGAGCUCGCUUGAAGAGACCAGGAAGGUCUACGAGAGGAUAUUCGAGCUCCGGAUCGCAACCCCUCAGACCGUGGUCAAUUAUGCCAAUUUGCUCGAGGAGCACAAGUACUUUGAAGAGUCCUUCAAAAUCUACGAGCGUGGUCUGGAUCUCUUCAGCUACCCGGUCGCUUUUGAACUGUGGAACCUCUAUCUCACCAAGGCCGUUGAUCGCAAGAUCAGCAUCGAGCGUCUUAGGGAUCUCUUUGAGCAGGCAGUGGAACACUGCCCACCCAAGUUUGCCAAGGUAAUCUAUCUAAUGUACGGCAAUCUUGAAGAGGAGCGCGGUCUGGCGCGCCAUGCCAUGCGCAUUUACGAGCGCGCCACCCGUGCCGUCUCGGACGAAGACAGGGCGGACAUGUUCAACUUCUACAUCACCAAGUCAGCCUCGAAUUUCGGGUUACCUUCAACCCGCCCCAUCUACGAGCGGGCCAUCGCCGCCCUGCCGGACAACGAGGCUCGCGACAUGUGUCUCAAAUUCGCCGACAUGGAGAAGAGGUUGGGCGAGAUCGACCGGGCCAGAGCGAUUUACGGCCAUGCCUCACAGUUUUGCGAUCCGCGGACAAAUCCUGGCUUUUGGUCAAAGUGGGAGCAGUUCGAGGUGCAGCACGGCAACGAAGACACGUUCAAGGAGAUGCUACGCAUCAAGCGGAGCGUUCAAGCACAGUACAACACCGACGUCAACUUUAUUGCCUCGCAAGCGCUGGCCCGAAGCCAGCAGCAGCAGCAACAGAAACAAGAGAAUGGCGGCGUCGGCGGCGAAGUUGACCAGGAAGUUGCCGACGCCAUGGAGCAGCUCGAGAGGCAGGCUCGUGCUCCGGCAGGCUUUGUGGCCGCCUCGGAGGGACUCAAGGGCAAUGUCCCCAGCCAGCCGGUCGAGGUAUCCAACCCGGACGCCAUCGACCUUGACGACAUGGAUGAAUGA